UCUCAGUUGUGCCCCACACACACAUAUACACACCAAGAGUCUUCACAGCUACACACACAUACUCACUCACACACACACACACACGCACACCCAGUCCUCCCCAGUGUCUGCAGCCAAAAAAUAAUAAGAAAAAUCGUCGUGAAUUUUUUGUUCGUUUCGCGCGUUUUCAAAUUCGAAUCAAACUUUUUUUUUCCAAGUUUUAUAAAUAUUCACACGCACACACACACACACAUACAUACAAAAUGAAGUACUUCAACAUUUGCCUGCUUUUCAUCAUCUGCGCACUGUGCUACGGUCUGGUUGCCGCCCAGGAGGAGGGUGCGUCAGCUGGCAACGCUUCGCCGGCGAAGAGAAUCGCUGCGCUGCGUCGUCCAGUGGGCAAGGCGGCCAAGCCAACGACAACGACAACAGCGGCGCCUGUCAACGACGAUGGCGCCGAGGAGGAUGAGUACAAUGAGGAGGGUGGCGCCGCCGCUGGCGAUCAUGGUAGCCAGUAUGGCGAUGAGCAGGAGGAAGGCGGCGUUAGCUCUACGACCACCACAACGGAGGCGCCCAAAAAAGUUGGCCCUGUGAUCCGGCCAUUCCGUUCCAACGAUGAUUUCCUGAAUUCGCUGAAGCGUCGCCAGCAGAACGCCAAGAAACAUCGCAACGAGAAGACGCCAGCCAGCAAACCAGCCGCCAAGAAAACCGACGAGGAGCCCGCCGAUCAUGAGGAGGCUGCAAGCGGCCAGGCACAAGCACCUGCUGCACCGGCUGCUGGACCCGCCAAGGGCUACAAGGGCAAUUCGGCAUUAAAUCGUCGCAAGUUGACGAAGCCUGUCAAGGCGGAGCCGGAGGUGGAUGCCGCUGCCGAAGAAUCGGAGCAGCAGCAAAAGGAGGAGGAGCCAAAGCCUAAGCGUCCGCUCAGCAGUCGCCUGGCCUUGAGGAAGCGCAACUAAGCUAACAUACAUGCAUACAUACUUCUACACACUUUUUUAAGGCACUGUAACUUAACAGUUAUGUUUCACAUUGUUUCUCUCCCUCUCUCUCUCUCUUGGUCUUUCGCUCACAUGCAUGGCUAGCCAAGGACAACUCGAGCUUGGCCUGCUAACAUGCACACAUACAUACAUAUAAUAUAAUCAGCUGAUACACAUACACACUGUCUCUCUCACACUCAUUGCUAGCUAAGGGCAGCUCAAGCUCUGCCUGUUUAGUUUUUAGUACAUUUUUUUUUCAAUGUGUGGCGUCUUUUGCAUUUGUGCCGGUGCGCGUGUGUGUUGGAGCAAGAUUUAUUUAUGUAUUUUAUGCACAACACACACAAACGCACUUGCACUGCUUAUCAGACACACACACUCACACUCAUAUAUAUACCGCAACCUUUUCCCACUUGCCUUUGUGCGCUUGUAUUUGUGUAUAUAUAUUUGUAUUGGAAUAUUUAUAGCUCAUAUAUCAGCGCGCGCACACACAAACACACACACACACAUUUAUUUCACUUAAUAAACAAACUAAAAUAAAGCA